AUGGCAAUCGAAUCGAGGAGGAGAAGCAGACUGUCCGCUAUAGGGAGGAUCACAUUGGGAAUUCCAAACGACUCGAAGGGGGAAUCGGUUGUGAUUCCGAAAGGAAGUCGAGAAGAAAAAGCGGAUGAGAAAAGCGGUUGGGGAGGGGGUUCGUUGGAUGAAGCAGACCCGCUAGAAAUAGAAUCUUCGGGAGAUUGGAUGAUGGCGGAAAGGCGGACUAUCGGC